GUAAUAACUGUAUAAAAUGAAUGCAAGAUCUCAGUUCAUGUAUCCUUGUUAAGAUAACAAAUACUUUAUAUUAUGUUGACACAGUGCCAGGGGAUACCUGACAGACACUCCAAAAUCAUGAACGCAAAAACAUUAUGUUUGUGUCACUGUUUAAAAACCAAAGUUGUUUUCAUUUAAAUUGUGAGUGCAUUUUGAAUUGAGGGAUGGUUUAUGAUUACAUGGGUUGUGGUCGUAUAUUCUGAUCUUGGUUGAAUUUGCAAUUCAAUGAGUUAUUAAGCUAAUACACUCUAUGAGACACAGUGUGUAGUCAUUAUAGUACUGAGGCCUGUCUUGUCUUGAAAGUGUUGCUUAAUGGCUCCUGUUCCACAGAAAGUAUGUGGUAAACCUAGAAAAACCUGUUCGGUUUUCAGAAAUGUAUUAUCCUCAGAUCACAUCAGAUGAUAAUAAUAUCUAGUUUGUGCCACACACAUGUUGCUGUGAUUGUUUUCCCCUCCAAACGUAUAACAGGAUUAAAAGGUGUGGAAGUGCAUACAUUGUUGAUUAUUAAUAUAUAAAGGGAAAUCCACUCGACUCAAUCUAGCACUCAAUGUCUCACAUAGGUCAUCAGGGCCAUCCUAAGAACGUUGGGUCUCUCUAUUAACACUCGACUACUUAAAAAGGGAAAAUAAGAUCUCGCGCCACAGAAUAAGACAGAACUACGUCCAAGACAGCAGUCCCUAAGAUCUUAUUGGUGGAAAGCAUUCAUGGAAACUGCAUUAUGGGGCAGCGCGAUGAAGUCAUUAAGAAGCUUACAGACGUUCUGCCAGAUUAGAUGUUGCUCUCCUAAUCCUACAGAUUACAGUCACGCAAGCCUGCUGACCGAGUGUGCUUCGUUGUGUUGUACAAUUUCUUUGCAUUGAUAAUUUCUUGUUGCUCCUAACUCUCUGGAAUAUGUAGGCUAUCAAGGAGUAACAAGAUUGAGAGGAGGUUAAGACUGUCUCUAAUGGAUGAAGGCACAUCUCAGCUGUAACUAGACCGAGCAACUGCUUCCACACUACAGAACCAACCAGCCAGGCAGGCAGUGUUGGGAGAGAUAGGUGGAGAAGGAUCAUCUCUUUGGGAGGCUUUCACAGAUGGUGUCCCUUGCUCCCUGUAGUGAGAUGGAGACAGAACCAUGCCCUGGAAUGCAAGAGAAGCGGGUGGUGGAGACCAAUGAGCCAGUGUUGAAGAAGGCCUACACAGGCCCUGGUGACAAUGAAAGUCAGGAGGAGAAGGAACUGUCCCAUGGGCUUCAGCAGGAAGACAAGGAACCCCAUGGGGAGGGAGACCCCAGGAUAGACAGCCAGGGUGGAGGGAAGGAGGGCACUACGUUAAACCAGCUCCCUAUGUCUGAGAUUACAGAGAUCCCCUGUGUGGAAGAGAGGAAGCUGAAGACCUCCAGUUUUGUGAAGACAGUGCGGUUCAGUGAGACAGAGUCUGUGGAGGACAGAGAGAACUCGGAGGAGGUUCUCUUCCCAGACCAUGAGAUGGUGCAGUGGACCUCCUCCAGCUUCGAGGAGCUGUUCCUGGCUGAGGACUGGGAGAACAUCACAGAUGAUCGGCUGUUGAGGAAGAAGGUGCUGGUGCCUGGCCCCCAGCAAGCUGAGCACCCAGCCUGGGGUCAGGAGGUCACAGUCAAAAUGCAGGGAGUGCUGGAGGACAGGACUGUGGUGGAGAAGGACCCUAAACUGGUGUUCGUCAUCGGAGAGGGAGAUGUAAACCAGGCCCUGGAGGAGUGUGCCAUAGCCAUGCAGCAGGGCGAGAUCGCAUUACUGCUGGCAGAUUCACAGUACACCUAUGGACUUCUGGGAAGGGAGACAGAUAUUCCAGCCUGGGCCCCCUUACUCUACCAGCUGCAGCUCCUGGACAUCAGAGAGAAGCCCGACCCUCUGAUUCUCCCCAUUUCGGACCGUAUGCGCAUCGGAAACCAGAAACGAGAGCGUGGGAACUUCCACUUCCAGAGGGAGGAGUACAGCAUGGCUGCCAGGGCCUACUGGAUGGCUCUUGAUGUCCUUACUACACAUACUAGAGAUGGUAGUAGUGAUGUGCUGUUGGAGGGGGAGGAGGAGGAGGUGCAGGACUACCGGGUGAAGUGUCUGAACAACCUGGCAGCAGCUCAGCUGAAAUUGGAGCAGUACGAUGACGCACUACACACCAGCCGGGAUGUUCUGUCCCUUGAUCCACAAAACGUCAAAGCCCUCUUCAGGACAGGAAAGCUUCUGUCAGACAAGAGCGAGUACCAGGAGGCAAUGGAGAUACUGAAGAAGGCCCUGAAACUGGAGCCGUCCACUAAGGCCAUCCAUGUUGAGUUGUCCAAGCUAGUGAAAAGGCAAUCAGGAGGCAAAGAUACCCAGAAGUGGCAAGCCAAACCUGCCCAGCUCCUCGGAGACAAUAUUGCCCCAUUUCUGACUCCUUCUAAAAAGAAGCCACCUGGAAUUUCAUGGACGUUCCUGCUUGGUGCUCUGGUGGUGGCCUUGGGCAGUUUAGUGACGUCAGUGGUUCUCACUGCAAGAAACUGACAUCCUCUACAAAGGAACUGUCCUCUACACAAGUCCAGCUCAUGAAUACUAAACAGUUGUCUACUGUGAAUAAAAUAAAGAUUGCACUGAACAAUACAAAAACCUGUAUCAAUGUUCACUGACAUGCUGUAGCAGCACUGACAUUUGCACCCCAGAUUGUGUUUGAAUGUAACAGAGUAAACUAAUGGCACUUUAAUUUUUUUGAACAAUGAACACAAAAUAGCUUUGUGUUGUAAUCGUUUAGUAUAGAUAUUAGCUGAUAAAUGUCACCAAUUCCAUAGAAAAAUGCCCAAAUUCCAAAACUCAUUCUGGAAUAGUCACAUGGUCAAUGUUCCUCAACAAAAGAUUGAAGAGAGCAGUAUUCUCGUGUUACAGCUUUUACAUGUAUUGUGCAAUAACAGGUUGCGUCCAAAUGAAUAAUCUAUGUCAAUGGAAAAUCUAAUAAAAACAAUUGUAGGCC